AUGAUAUUUUUGUACCAUAAUGAAUUGAAUGUUCUUGUAAUUGCUCUCUACAACUUUGACCAGCUGGCAUAUAUCGGUGACUUUCUGUUCUCUUCAUGUGGCAUUACGGCAUCUCUUUCCUAUCUACUUACAAUGUCCAACAUUGAACUCUUUCUCACUGAUGUUUACGAAUUGAGGAUUUAUUGUUUCACUUUACUGGCUGACAAAGCUGGCAAUCAUCCCAUGUACAGGACUAUUGUAAACGCUUCUCCUAAGCAAGAAUUUCAGGUGGAUCACCACACAUUUGAUCCCUUUCUGCGCACAGUAGUUGGCAUCUGUGACUAUCUGCUUCCUAGAUAUUGUAUCACUUUUGUAGUUUAUGCUGGCUCCUUGAUCAUUAUUAUGAAAUAUACUAUGGAUCAAAGCAUUAAGCUUUCUCGGAUGGUCCUGCUUCUAGGUGUUGGAAUUGCAACUGUAACUGUUCUACAGCUCAACAUUCUAGGUUCUGCUCUUUCUCUUCUUGCAGUUGUCACCACUUUCAAAUUUAUAGAAGGGAUGCUAGUAAAGAAUCGCAAGAGUGAUCAAGAUGACUGCAGUAGCUUUCAAGAUAAGAAGCUUCUACAAUUUUAG